CAAGGGCCGCAGUCAGUCAGUCGGUGGCAACAGUUCCGAUGAGAUUGUUUAUUGUGCUCAGCGUUUGCGUGGCGCUCGCCUCGGCGGGCUACGGCGGUGGUGGAGGCGGUGCCAGUUCCUCGGGCACCGCAUCCGCUUCGGCCAGCUCGAGUGCCGAUGCCAGCGGUAAAUAUGGCGGCAGCGGAGGCGGUGGCGGUGGCCUUGGCGGCGGUGGCGGUGGCGGAUUAGGACUGGGUCUAGGCGGUGGCCUUGGAGGAGGCGGCGGUCUUGAUCUAGGACUCGGUCUUGGCGGUGGACUUGGCGGUGGUCUCGGUGGCGGCAAAGGUGGCGGCGGUCCAUUUGGCAGCGGCGGCGGUGGCGGUGCUGGUGGCCAUGGAGGUGGUGGCUAUGGAGGCGGUGGCUCAGCUGGAAGCGGCGGCUUUGCUGGCGGUUCAGCUGGAAGCGGCAGCUUCGGUGGCGGCUCAGCUGGUGCUGGCGGCCAUAGCGGCGGCGGCGGCUUAGUUGGCGGCGGCGGCGGAGCUGGAGGCGGUCCAUUUGGCGGCGGUGGCGGCGCUGGUCAUGGCGGUGGUAACGGACUAGGCGGCGGCUUUGGUGGCGGCUCAGCUGGAGGCGGCGGCUUUGCUGGCGGCUCAGCUGGAAGCGGUAGCUAUGGCGGCGGCUCAGCUGGCGGCGGUGGCUUAGGAGGUGGUCAAGGAGGCGGCGCUGGACUAGGAGGCGGCCAUGGAGGCAGCGGCGGACUAGGAGGAGGUCUAGGAGGUGGUUUAGGAGGUGGCCUAGGAGGAGGUCUUGGAGGCGGCAGCGGCAGCUACGGUGGCGGUUCCGCAGGAAGCGGCAGCUUUGGAGGCGGUAGCUUUGGCGGCGGCUCAGCUGGAGGCGGUGGUCAUGGAAGCGGUGGCCAUGGAGGUGGCGGCUUCGGCAGUGGCGGCGGCGGCUUUGGCGGCGGUGGCUUUGGCGGUGGCGGCUUUGGAGGUGGUCCAGGUGGCGGCUUCGGUGGAGGACCAGGCGGUGGCUUUGGCGGUGGCCCAGGUGGUGGCUACGGAGGCGGCGGCAAACAUGGCGGCGGUGGCUACGGAGGCGGUGGCAAGCAUGGCGGUGGCGGCGGUGGAGGCAGCGGAGGCGGUGGCUUUGGAGGUGGCGGUCAUGGUGGCGGCGGCUACGGCGGCGGCGGCUAUGGCAAAAGUAGUGCCAGUUCCUCAGCAUCCGCAACGGCUUCUGCAGGUGGCUAUGGCCUGGCCCAUCAAAUUGAUUUGAUAAAGGAUUCAAAUAGAAUAGAAUAUCAAACAAAUAAAAGCAAAAGAAAACCGGCUGCCGAACUUAGUUCGGGGUUCCAAUUUAUCACAGCCACACAAUCAAACAGAUCAGUCGACGAGGUGCCGUUGCUCUACGUUCGCCUUACCUACGCAUCUGGUAUAAAUAGUUUGGGAUACUGUGAAUUGGUACAUCAGUUGAUCUGUUACCUGCUUUGCGUGCUCAACACACACCUUUCAACGAGCAAUAUGAAGACUUUGAUUGUGCUGGCACUUUUGGUGGCUGCCGCAUCGGCUCUGCCACAAUUUGGAUUCGGUGGUCCAGGCUUCGGUGGCCCUGGAUUCGGGGGCCCAGGAUUCGGUGGCCCAGGUGGAUUUGGAGGUGGACCUGGAUUUGGAGGCCCAGGUUUCGGUCGUCCAGGAUUUGGUGGCGGCGGCUUCGGCGGCGGCCCAUACGGCGGCGGAUUCGGUGGCGGCCCAUACGGCGGCGGAUUCGGUGGCGGCCCAUACCGUGGUGGUGGUGGAUUCGGUGGCGGCCGUGGUGGUGGCCGUGGUGGUGGCGGCGGCUCUGCAUCGGCCUCAGCCUCAUCCAGUGCUUCAGCUGCUGGUGGUGGUGGCGGUGGUGCUGCAUCAGCUUCAUCGUCCGCCUCCGCCUCCUCAAGUGGCGGUGGUGGAUUCCGCGGCUAGGCUAUCAAAGCUGAUGCCUGGAGCAUCGAAACGAGAUUACAAAUAAAUUAAGUUUAAUUAUUAAUAAAAAGUCUGAAAACUACAAAAAAAA